ACAAAAAAAUUACAAAGAUUGGGCCAGUCAAUGGGCUUACGAAGGAAACAAGUGGGCCUCAUGAAGUCUGGUUCAUCCAUCCAGUUCCAGUAGAGGCUGUGACUAAACUCACUCUACUUCAUUGCUUUGAGCUCCCAACUCUCUCCAAUGGCAGUUUCAUUGCUUCCAUCUCUUUACUCCCUCAGAUUACAUACUGAAACAAACCUUGGCUCACACUCCUCUACUCUUCUUCUCUUCAAUCUCCAUGCCAGACCCAACAGGACUCGAACGCAAUCAACCAUUAUCGUAUUCUCUUCAAAAACAUCUGGGAAUGUAUCAGUAAGUGAAGAGGCCAAGAAAGAAUUACUUGAGAAAUAUGGUCUCAAUCCUGAUGAGUUCUUAUCCGAACCUUCUCUUAAGACUAGAAGGAGAAAGGGUCAAAAAAGUAGAGGAAAAGAUAAGGAACUCCCACAAGAGGAACCAAAGCCAACUCGAACCACUCAUAAACUUCUUCAGGUGCUUGGUGGAAAAGCUCGGAGAAUGAAAUUGUUAUCACCAAAGGGUAUGGAUGUAAGGCCAAUGAUGGAGGUUGUGAAAGGUGCAGCCUUUGAUAUAUUGCAGGCUGCUGGUGGUUGUCCUGCAGCUUUAAGGCCUGGCCGGUGGCUGGACUUGUACAGUGGAACUGGCUCUGUUGGGAUUGAAGCUAUUAGCCGCGGAUGUUCUGAGGUGCAUUUUGUUGAGAUGGACCCGUGGGUUGUUACGAAUGUAUUGCGUCCGAACUUGGAAUGGACAGGGUUUCUGGAUGCCUCAGUUAUUCAUACCGUUCGAGUUGAAAAGUUCUUAGAACGUUCAGACAAAUUUGUUGGUGAAAAUGCACCAUUUGACUAUAUUAGUAUUACCCCUCCUUAUACACAAGUUGACUAUGGGGUACUCAUGGACCAAAUUUCAAAUUCAGCCUUAAUUGGAGAAGAUACAUUUGUUGUAGUUGAAUAUGCACUAAGAACAGACAUGUUGGAUUCAUGUGGCAACCUGGUUAAGAUAACCGAUAGACGAUUCGGCCGAACUCACUUGGCUAUUUAUGGUCCUCAAUGGGCACAAAAGAAGAAGAAGUCUGAAAAGUGAACACUAAACUUGGGAACAUGGUUGUAUAGCUUUCAAUAGGAAUCUCUACUAAUAUUGGAAUGUUGGAAAUUGUAAUGGCACAUUUUCUAGGGUGGAAUUGGAAUUGGGGUUUGAAUGAGAGAUGGAAAUUCAGGAUAGGUUUUGUUAAUUGGAGAGCUCUUUAGAAGGAAUCUUAGAAAUAGAAAUUCGUUAUAAUCACAUUUGAUCCUCCCUUGUAUGUAAUCAAACAAUCCCACGUUCAAUGAUCAUAUUCCAAAUUAUAACC